AUGGGGGACAUGAAGACCCCAGAUUUUGAUGACCUGUUGGCAGCGUUUGACAUUCCCGACAUCGACGCUAAAGAGGCCAUCCAGUCUGCUCCUGAUGAGGCUGAGAGCUCACACGGGCCAGGCGGUGCUCCUCUGGGAAAGCCGGACGGUGGGGUUGGUGUAGGGCCGUCUCUGAGACCACCUAGCCCCCCAGACCCCCAGGCUGACACCCCUAUUGUCAGCGUUAUCGUAAAGAACCGUGUGCGACCCGACACCAACGAUGGAGGGGAUGGAGACACAGACCAGGACACUAUGGACGGCAUUGCUGGGGUCGCUGUGGGUCCACGGCUCGGUGCCUGUGCCCCAGGCAUGGCGGAAUCUGAACCACUCAACCUCAAUGGGUUUGGGGCCUCUGGUGUGACCCUGCCCCUAACCCAGGUUCAUGCCCAAUCUAAUGGGCAGACGUGGUCAGUGUGUACCCCCAAAACAGCAUCAGAGGGCAGAGGAUGCAGUGCUGGAUCAAAUAAAUCUGCCAAACAGGUUGGCAAUAUAUUCAACAGACUGAAGCCUCUUAUGGCGCAGGGGUCGGGAGACCCUGUAGGGAGGGCUAGGAAGAUGCAGCUCCUACAGCAGCAGCACCACCAGCAGCAAGAGACAGGCCAAGAAGGAGGAGAUGAGGGCAAAGCUUCAUUAUCCUCCUCCUCCUCUGUCCCAGGAGUGUCAGUUGGACUGUCCUCUCCUUUCUUCCCACCUUCCAAGCCUCUCCCGUUCCCGCCAUCCGCCCUCUCCUCACACCCGCUGCACUCAUCUCAGCCGUUUAAUGGGGCACCUAAAGCCGGCCCAGCAUUAUUCCGUCCCCGAGACUCAGAGGAGGAUGAUUCUGAUCCGGACCUAGGGCCCCCGCUGAUGAUCCAGGAACCCCCUGACUCCCCCUCCCGCACCCCUCCCAAACUGACACGUCGUUUUAGGUCCCCUGCUGCCAGCUCUAACUCCACCCAUCCCAUGGCCUCAUCGGCAGCUCACCCCAAACCAGGGGACACUCCCUCGGGCACUAGCGUGACCUCCUCAACCCCCCAGUCAGGCUCCACCAAGAGUCCACCACAGGAAGACAAACACCCAGAGCAUGUUAUAGAAGAGCGGGACUCUCCUGAAAGUCCUGAGCCAGAGAUGCCCAAAUCGGCAGCACCAGUAACUGCAAAGAGGUGCUCCAGCCCUGCAGUAGCCUCCACACCGCCCCCCUCAGACCUUCAGGAGCCUAAGGAGGAGAUGGAGGGGAAUGGAAUAGAGAAGGCUAUGGAUGGCAAGGCAGAUUUUGGAAAGGAAGAGGGUGCAAGAACAGGAGAGGAGAAAAUGGAGGUGGAUGAUGGCAAGUCUAAACCUCCAACCACUGAAGGUGGCACCUCUACUCCAGGAGGGCCUGCAGCUCCUGCCCGGCCCCUCAAAGUGCGGAUAAAGACCAUCAAAACCUCCACUGGUGGAAUCACCAGAACCGUUACCAGGGUCGCACCCAAAGCAGGUGCUGCCGGAGCCAAGGGUUUGGACCCCAGCAAAGCUCAUCCAGGGGGGCACAAGGCCCCAGCCAACAGGGCUCAGAAACCGGACACUCCCUCUGGUCGUAUGGUAGCCUCCCAGCCGCAGAAAGUAAAGAGCCUCAACACACUACCCGUGUCUACACUAGCAGCCAGUAGCGCUAUGCUAGUCGCUGCAACCAAGGCUCAGAACAAGAUGGCUGCCUCCUCGGACAAGGCCAAGGUAUCUGCCACUGCUGUUAGCUUCACUAAAUCUGCCACCCUGCCUGCCACUCCCUCUGUCGCCUCCUCUCCUAAAUUCUCAGUAGCCACUGGUGGGAUGUGCAUACGUCCUGUCGGUGCUAAAACGGCUAACGGAGGCAGCACCAGCGUCCUAACCGGCACUCAACAGCCAAACAAGCCUGCCUCCAUCGUGAACAGUACGGGAGCCGUCAUCUCCCGCAGCCAGUCUAGCCUGGUGGAGGCCUUCAACAAGAUCCUCAACAGCAAGAACCUGCUGCCCAGUUAUAAACCCGACCUCUCGGCUCCUCCGCCCCCAGAGUGGGGGCUUCCUCUGCCUGCCACGGGCUACCGCUGUCUGGAAUGUGGCGAUGCCUUCGCCCUGGAGCGUAGCCUGGCCCGCCACUACGACAGGCGCUCGCUGCGCAUCGAGGUGACCUGCAACCACUGUGCCAAGCGGCUGGCCUUCUUUAACAAGUGCAGCCUGCUGCUCCAUGCCAGGGAGCACAAGGAACGCGGGCUGGUCAUGCAGUGCUCUCACCUCGUCAUGAGGCCCGUCACCGUGGAGCAGAUGAUUGGCCAGCAGGACACCACACCAAUCGGUAAGGCGGGUCUUUCAGAAGAGUUUUUAGUGACAAUGGCUGCGUCCCGUAGGGCUCUGGCCAAAGGUAGUGCAAAAAAGUUAAAGCCAUUUAGGACGCAUACAAUGUGGCUUCAUAAACAAUGCUUUAUUUCUGUCAGGAUGUGGUCAAUGUUAUUGCGUGAAAUACAAGAGAGGUGAGAGAUACCAUCAUGCACCUGUAAAUAAGUUCAAUUCACCUCCAUCUUCUUUGUGUUCUUGCUUCGCUUUCUUGCUUGGUUGACAAGGCAUGCUCUCCCCUUCUUCAAUCUCAUCUCCUCCUCCAGUCUGCUCCCCCUCCACUAUGUCCGGAGUCCCCGUCGUGUCGUCCAGCUCCAGCCCACUGAAGGACACACCGUCUCCCUCCGCAGCCCAGCCGAGACCGGUCCGCCGCGCGCUCCAGAGCCCCCAGGCAUUGAUGCCCCUCCCAUGCAAGAAGGGCGAGGUGCUGCAGUACCACAACUUCAAGUGUUCCGAGUGCCAGGCCCAGUUCUCUGGCAAGGCUGAGCUGGUCGCCCACUUCCAGCAGAUCAGAGCUACCCCCAACUCAGUGAGUCCUUUGAUACAGAGCCUGAAGUAUGGGUGUGCAUUACUUACAGGCUAGUAUCGAACUACUAGUGUCAAGCUUAGUCAUGCAUAAUGACUGAAUAAGGCAGUUUCCCAGACACCGAUUUAAGCCUUGUCCUGGACUAAGAAACACUUAGAGGUUCUCCAUUGAACAUGCCUUUUAGUCCAGGAUUAGGCUUAAUCUGUGUCUGGGAAACCUCAAUAUGUUUAAUGGCCUGCUUUACUUUAUGUAUUAGUCAAUACUAUUACAUAAUACUAGUGUUUACUAUGAAAACAAGCCAUUUGGAAUGCCUCAAUAUGCUUUAUUAACUCUCCCUCCCACUUCUAAGACCUGUGGGUGAUGACUGUCUUAUUACACAAUACUAGUUUUAGUAUUAGUAGAAGUUUUGCAGUAUUAGAAGUAGUAGUGUAUUCAUAGUGUUAUGCCGUAGUCAACUUUUAAAGCCUUUCUCCCUCUCCCCUCCCUACCCAAACAUGUAUGCUGUGCUCCACUCCCAUGGUGCUGCUAAUGUUUACUAUGAAAACUAGUUAUGAUUAAUGCCUCUGUGUGUACUAUAUGUCAAUUGUUUAACCUGUUCCCUCAUCUUCCUUCCCAGACCUGUACCCUGUGCUCCCCUCCAAUGAUGCUGCCUAACUGGUGCAGUGUGUCGGCUCACCAGAGGAUUCAUAAGCACCGGGCGCCCCACGUCUGUCCAGAGUGUGGGGGCAUCGCCCGGCAGGCCAGCUUCCAGACCCACCUGGAGGAGGCCUGUCUACACUUCGCCCGCCGCAUCGGAUAUAGGUGAAGAGAUAGUGUCUGCACUGAUAAGUCAGUAACAAAUGUAAUAGGUCUGCACACAAAAAGAUGUCGCAAAAAGUAUUUUCACUAGCUUAUUCAGAUGUUUCGGCUUAGCAGCCUUUUUCAGUGUGUAGGUACUCUGCACUAAUAGGCAAACGUGCCACAAAUACAUGCAAGUCUACAUACCACAAAUUACUGCUUAAAUGCAGCAUUGUCAGGUGGAUGUAUGAGAGGGAGAGCGAUGCCUACAGUCGUCAAAUGCAAAUAUGCCUCUCACGCAUAUAUAAAACAUUGUUUGUGAAAGGACACUUUGGUGGUUGAAGAUUCUUGCCGUAGUUGCAUGACAAUCAAGCCACCCAAUUGUCAAUGGACACUAUAUUAGCAUAAUUGACAACAGCGACUAAACCUAUGUGUUUAACAUUUUGUUUUUGUUCAUAUCUGUUCCCCAGGUGCUCCAGUUGCCAGGUGGUGUUCGGGGGUCUGAACUCCAUCAAGUCCCACAUCCAGACGGCCCACUGCGAGGUGUUCCACAAGUGCCCCAGCUGCCCCAUGGCCUUCAAGUCUGCCCCCAGUGCACAAGGACACAUCAGCACCCAGCACCCUACCCUCACCGGGGGACAGGCCAAGUAAGUGCCCCACAGUCACUGAACCAUGUUAUGUCUCUUUAGUUUUCAAGUCAAAUCAAAUUGUAUUUGUCACAUGCGCUGAAUACAACAGGUGUAGACCUUACAGUGAAAUGCUUACUUACAAGCCCUUAACCAACAAUGCAGUUUUAAGAAAAAUAAGUGUUAAGUAAACAAUGGAUAAGUAAAAAAUAAAAGCAGUAAAAUAACAAUAAGAAUAACAGCAGUGAGGCUAUAUACAGGGGGUACCGGUACAGAGUCAAUGUGCGGGGGCACCGGUUAGUCAAGGUAAUUGAGGUAAUAUGUACAGUUGAAGUCGGAAGUUUACAUUAGCCAAAUACAUUUAAACUCUGUUUUUCACAAUUCCUGACAUUUAAUCCAAGUAAGAAUUCCCUCUUAGGUCAGUUAGGAUCACCACUUUAUUUUAAGAAUGUGAAAUGUCAGAAUAAUAGUAGAGAGAAUUAUUUAUUUCAGCUUUUAUUUAUUUCAUCACAUUCCCAGUGGGUCAGAAGUUUACAUACAUUCAAUUAGUAUUUGGUAGCAUUGCCUUUAAAUUGUUUAACUUGGGUCAAACGUUUUGGGUAGCCUUCCACAAGCUUCCCACAAUAAGUUGGGUGAAUUUUGGCCCAUUCCUCCUGACAGAGCUGGUUUAACUGAGUCAGGUUUGUAGGCCUCCUUGCUCACACAUGCUUUUUCAGUUCUGCCCACAAAUUUUCUAUAGGAUUGAGGUCAGGGCUUUAUGGCCACUCCAAAACCUUGACUUUGUUGUCCUUAAGCCAUUUUGCCACAACUUUGGAAGUAUGCUUGGGGUCAUUAUCCAUUUGUAAGACCCAUUUGCUACCAAGCUUUAACUUCCUGACUGAUGUCUUGAGAUGUUGCUUCAAUAUAUCCACAUCAUUUUCCUUCCUCAUGAUGCAAUCUAUUUUGUGAAGCGCACCAGUCCCUCCUGCAGAAAAGCACCCUCACAGCAUGAUGCUGCCACCCCUGUGCUUCACGGUUGGGAUGGUGUUCUUCGGCUUGCAAGCCUACCCCCUUUUUCCUCCAAACAUAACGAUGGUCAUUAUGGCCAAACAGUUCUAUUUUUGUUUCAUCAGACCAGAGGACAUUUCUCCAAAAGGUACGAUCUUUGUCCCCAUGUGCAGUUGCAAACCGUAGUCUGGCUUUUUUAUGGCGGUUUUGGAGCAGUGGCUUCUUCCUUGCUGAGCGGCCAUUCAGGUUAUGUCGAUAUAGGACUCGUUUUACUGUGGAUAUAGAUACUUUUGUACCGGUUUCCUCCAGCAUCUUCACAAGGUCCUUUGCUGUUGUUCUGGGAUUGAUUUGCGCACGAAACUACGUUCAUCUCUAGGAGACAGAACGCGUCUCCUUCCUGAGCGGUAUGACGGCUGCGUGGUCCCAUGGUGUUUAUACUUGCGCACUAUUGUUUGUACAGAUGAACGGGGUACCUUCAGGCGUUUGGAAAUUGCUCCCAAGGAUGAACCAGACUUGUGGAGGUCUACACAUUUUUUUCUGAGGUCUUGGCCGAUGUCUUUGGAUUUUCCCAUGAUGUCAAGCAAAGAGGCACUGAGUUUGAAGGUAGGCCUUGAUAUACAUCCACAGGUACACCUCCAAUUGACUCAAAUGAUGUCAAUCAGAAGCUUCUAAAGCCAUGACAUCAUUUUCUGCAAUUUUCCAAACUGUUUAAAGGCACAGUCAACUUAGUGUAUGUAAACUUCUGACCCACUGGAAUUGUGAUACAGUGAAUUAUCAGUGAAAUAAUCUGUCUAAACAAUUGUAGAAGCUGACAAUGCAAAUAGUCCGGGUAGCCAUUUGAUUAGCUGUUCAGGAGUCUUAUGGCUUGGGGGUAGAAGCUGUUAAGAAGCCUUUUGGACAUAGACUUGGCUCUCCGGUACCGCUUGCCGUGCGGUAGCAGAGAGAACAGUCUAUGACUAGGGUGGCUGGAGUCUUUGACAAUUUUUAGGGCCUUCUUCUGACACCGCCUGGUAUAGAGGUCCUGGAUAGCAGGAAGCUUGGCCCCAGUACUGGGCUGUACUCACUACCCUCUGUAGUGCCUUUCGGUCGGAGGCCGAGCAGUUGCCAUACCAGGCAGUGAUGCAACCAGUCAGGAUGCUCUCGAUGGUGCAGCUGUAGAACUUUUUGAGGCUCUGAGGACCCAUGCUAAAAUCUUUUCAAUCUCCUGUGGGGGAAGAGGCUUUGUCGCGCCCUCUUCACGUCUGUCAGUGACGUGGACACCAAGGAACUUGAAGCUCUCAACCUGCUCCACUACAGCCUGCUCCACUGUGUUUAGAGCAGUGUUUUCCAACCCUGAGGAACCAGAGGGGUGCACAUUUUUGCCCUAGUGCUCUAGUACUAACACACUUAAUACAACUGUGUUCAUGUGUAUUAAAACAAAAAUUUGCAUAUUUUGGGUCCCCAGGACCAGGAUUGGGAAACACUGGUUUAGUGUAUUUUAAAGCACGUCUCUUGUCUCAGGUUUUGUCCAAAUUUGAGUGCUGAUAAAAACGCAACAUUCACGCCACUAUUUCCCUCUUUCUCUGUAUUUCCAGAAUGAUCUACAAGUGUGUGAUGUGCGAUACAGUUUUUACCCAGAAACCGUUACUGUACAUGCAUUUCGACAACCACCUAGCCAAGCAGAAAGUGCAUGUGUUCAAGUGUCCUGACUGCACCAAACUCUACGCGCAGAAAGGUUCCAUGAUGGAACACAUAAAGGUUUGUUUAGUUACAUUAUAACUCACAGGGAAACAUAUGUUUGCAGUAAAGGAUAGUGAUAUGUUAGUUGUUCAAUCCCCUGAUGGUAAAUAGUCACUUCUAUUUGCUCAUUUGUCAGUGUUGUCUUCCAUUCUCACUUCUCUCUUGUCUGAUUUGUCAUUCCUCUCUCACUUCCUCUUAUACUCUUGUCCAGACUGCUCACAGAGGGCUGUCAGUCAAACAGGAGGGACAAUCCGAUGCCUCCGCCCCUGCCACAGCCCCCACCACCCCCUCCCUCCCCAAAUCUAAGCCCUCUGCAAAAACAGACAACUCAGAUGGGGAGGACUGGGGCCGAGACCAAGAAGAAGAAGAAGAAGAGGAGGAAGGAGAGGAAGAGGGGGAUGAGGACUAUGAGGAACCUGAGAAUCAGUCUAGUUCUAUUGAGGUAGGCAGUCAUCGUGGGACCCCCUCAGAAUGGAGCUGUCAGCAAUGUCAGAAGAGCUUCACACAGAGCGACGACUACAUCUCUCACAUGAAAACAGAGCAUGGAAAGGUAAGGCCAUACAAAUAUAAUUAAUUGCAUAACGGAUGCCCCACUUCAGAGGAAAAAAAUAGAAAAAAAAUAUUCAUUUGAUUCAUGUGAAUCAAUUUUUUUAAACGAUUAUUUUUGACAAAUUGAAUGAUUCGCUUCACUAUUGUAGUAGUUGGGAUUCGGUAAGAGCUCAGUGAAUUGAAUCAUGGGAAUCAAAAUAAUUUGUGAAUCGCAAAAAUUAAAAGGGAUUUCUUUAGUAGCCCUCCUUUUGGAUUAUUUCGCUGUUAAACUUGUUUUGUAGAUACUUUAAGUUGAUUUGGGCAUUGCAACUCAAUAGAUGCUAAUCAGACUGCAGUAAACACUUCUAAGGUAAGAUAAAUCUGACUGAACUAGAAUAGGUACAUUUCCUGAAGACAGUGUGUGCUUGCUUCAGCUGUCUGAAAAUAGUUGUAUGAUUACGGUAGUGGGAGAUAUGUUAAAUGUAGAAUUCAAGCUAAAUAGUAGCUGAAGCAGUUCAAUAUAGUAAAAAUAUGUCUGAUUACUUUAGUAGAAUGCUAUACACUGAGUGUACAAAACAUUAGGAGCACAUGUACUUUCCAUUACAUAGACUGACCAGGUGAAAGCUAUGAUCCCUUAUUGAUGUCACCUGUUAAAUCCACUUAAAUCAGUGUAGAUGAAGGGGAGGAGAGAGAGGUUAAAUAAUCAUUUUUAAGCCUUGAGACAUGGAUUGUGUACUGUAUGUGUGCCAUUCAGAGGGUGAAUGAGCAAAACAAAAGUUAAGUGCCUUUGAAUGGGGUAUGGUAUUAGGUGCCAGGCGCACCGAUUUGUGCGUGUCAAGAACAGCAACGCUGCUGGGUAAUUUCCGUGUGUAUCAAGAAUGGUGCACCACCCAAAGGACAUCCAGCCAACUUGACACAACUGUGGGAAGCAUUGGACUCAACAUGAACCAGCAUCCCUGUGGAAUGCUUUCAACACCUUGAGUCCAUGCCCUGACAAAUUGAGGCUGUUCAGAGGGCAAAAGGGGGUGCAACUCAAUAUUAGGAAGGUGUUCCAAAUGUUUUGUACACUCAGUGUAAAUGAUCAAUUAUGAAAAAUGCCUCUGAAAAAUUAACUGUGACUAAUUCGGCUGGGAUAUGCUUUCAAUGAUGCUAUCCAACACCUGACACCAAUGUAGUUAAUUAGGAGGGUACCCUGACUGGGACUCAAACCCUGGUCCUUGUGACUGUCGUUCCAUAACCAUUAUACCAAAAGGCUAAAAUCUCUUGCUGAGGUCACUAGGUGUUGUACCAAGGUUGCUUAGUAUUUGUACAACUUGUUGAUGUUUGUUUUUUUCGCUCGCUUGCGUCACUUUUCCGGAGAAAAAAUCUGUUAUGCAGUAAAUCAAAUUUGUAUGGCCGAAGUGUAAUGUCGGUGUCUGUGUACACACACACAGGGAGAUUACAAAAGGACUCACCCUCUCUAAUUUCCUUGUGUGUGUGAAUCUGCCUCUGUAGGCUAUGAAGAAGUUCCCGUGUCGUGUGUGUGAGACUUCCUUCUGCACCUCUUCCAGCCUGCGGCGCCAUGUACGUGUCAUCCACGAGGGCAACAAGAGACCUUUCCACUGCCAGUGAGUGAACCCCAUACUCAUCUACACAUCCACAAAAGCACCAUAUUUGGUUCCCUGUAGCUCAGAUGGUAGGGCAUGGAUAGUGGGUUCGAUUCCCGGGACCACCCAUACAUUGAAAAAAGAAGAUGCACGCAUGACUAAGUCGCUUUGGGUAAAUGGCAUAUAUUAUAUUUGAAAACGUCUGUAAGAGUGGAUGGGACAAGACAAUUAGCAGGGACAUUUUAGAAUGUUAUGUUCAGUCUAAUAUCAGCCUACCUAGGAAGUGUAUAGCAUCCUCAGAGCGUGUGUGUGUACUUGUGUGUUUGCAGAUAUUGCACAGAGGGCAAGCGGACCUUCAGUAGUCGGCUCAUACUGGAGAAGCAUAUCCGGGUCCAUCAUCACGGGGUCAGAGCCACUGACGGACAGGUCAGUUAGAAUCCAUUCUUCUUUCCAUCACAUGGUGGGGGUACAUUUCAGUUUGUCAUAACUGGACAACUGUACUCGUUUCCUGUGUGCUCUCUGCAACUUUGGUCUGUAAUGUUACCCAUCGUGUGGUGACUUGGAUCUGAAUAUGUUAAACCAAAAAUCAAGAUAAUACGUUUUGAUGGUCUCUCUUUUUCCCCAUCACCGCUCUGUCCCCCUGCAGGGCCCUCAGACCAGGAAGCGUUCAGCACCGGGUAAGGGGCCAGGCAGCUCGUCUGAACCUGACGGGGAGGGGUGUCAACCAGGGGAUGAGGAAGGGGGCGGCACGGACAGCGGAGAGGCCACAGAGGGGUGCGAGGAGGGCUGCAGUCCUGUGAAGAGAACUCGAGCAUCGGCGCCUCCAGAGCCCGAGGAGGACGACAACGUGUUCCACUGCAUGCCAUGCGGCUUCGCCACGGAGGAUGGCGCCGAGUUCCAGCGCCACAUCCCGCAGCAUCGCGCCGACGCCGCCUCCUUCCAGUGCCUGCAGUGUGGCGUGUGCUUUGCCUCGGCCGGCUCCCUGGGACGCCACCGUUUCAUCACCCACCACGUAAGAGACCCCCAGGGGGAGUCCGACCGCAGGGCGCCCCGCAUUCCCUCCUCCCCGGAUGGCUCACCCUCCUCCCCCCAGGAGGGAGAGGACGGGAAGGGGAGUAUGAGCUGCAGGGUGUGCAGGCGGCACUUCAAC